AUGGCAGACGCCGCACCACAAUAUGCCCAGCCUCGACCAUGCAUUUCCGGCUCCGAGCACAUCCUCGAGCCGCCCUCUUCCUUGACGACGCCUCACCGUUCGAUCUUUGGGUCGGGGUUCCGGACACGACGUCAGAUUCUGACGGACCAGAAAGCCGCGGCCGACAGAGAAUUCGACGACUGGUGUCGGCAGGAGGAAGCCGCGGGGCCCCGACCGUCCCAACCGGACCCUUACGACCCGUUCUUCAUCCCAGACUCGAUCCUGCUGUACGGGCCCGUCUCUCCACAGAGGAAGAGCAGACUCCUCCAGCUCCCGCACGAGCUUCUCACCGACAUCUUCAAGAGGGUCAAGAUCCCUCACUUCCAGGUCUCGCUCGCCCUGACGUGCAAGACCAUGGCGCGCGUGGCCGCCCAGCGGGGCAUCUUCUCCCCCUGGCGCGGCUACCGCGACAAGGACGGCCUCUUCCGUCUCCUCGAGCGGAGGAACAACUUCAUCCCCCCGCACCUGAAGCUGUGUCGCGCCUGUUUCCGCUUCCUGCCCUGGAGCGGCGGCGACUACUGGGACAGGCAGAUGUCGUCGGGCGUCUUUGACCGGUCCAACCUGAACUGGUACGACAUCCUCAUGUGGUUUUAUAAUCGCGUCGCCUUUCAGUAUCGAUGUCCCUGGUGUUGCGUGUUCCAGUACACGAGCUACGCCAGUCAGGGGCUCUAUGAACGACGCAGGGCGAAUGGGCCACUCGGCCUCCUCGACACCCGCGAACGCGUUUGUCCCGACUUGAACAGGCGGAUGGAUAAACCGUGA